GGUGGUAAAGGCUAUUUUGGUCACAUUCCUAAUGUGUGAUUCGUAAAUAAAUUCUGAAUCUAAAAUGACACCUAGGUUUUUUACCUGGUGUUUUAUCUUUGUUGCCAGUGAAUUAACCUAUCAGAAGCUUCUAAAAGCCAUGACAUAAUUUUCUGAAAUUUCCAAGCUGUUUAAAGGCACUGUCAACUUAGUGUUUGUAAACUUCUGACCCACUGGAAUUGUGAUACAGUGAAAUAUAAGUGAAAUAAUCUGUCUGUAAACAAUUGUUGGAAAAUGACUUGUGUCAUGCACAAAGUUGUCACGACUCUACACCCUGUGUUUUCGUGGGGUUGGCUUAUGUUCGCCGUUUUGCAUUAAAGUAGCACUCCCCUGAACUCUCUGCUUCCUGCGCCUGACUUCUCACCCACUACACUCAGAACGUUACAAAAGUAGAUGUCCUAACCAACUUGCCAAACUAUAGUUUGUUAACAAGACAUUUGUGGAGUGGUUGGAGUCAUUAAAACUAGUUUAUGUAAACUUCCGACUUCAACUGUAAACUGAACAGUACCGGACCCAAAAUCGAAUCUUGUGGAAUGCCACAUGUGAUAUGUAUUUUCUCUGGUUAUGUUCACCACAGGUGACAAACAACUCUAGACUGGUUAAAUAGGUCCUAAACCAAUUUAGAACUGGAAAUUGAUACACCAUGGUCCAUUGGCGGCUAAAGACACUAGUGCAUGGAACUCAGAGAGAGCCUAUAGGCCAAUGCAGCAUAUAACUUCCAUCGUUAACUGUAAAAUACAUAGGCCUAAGGCCAACAAAUAAAAACACUAGAAAAUAUCCUGAUUAAAUUCUGGUUCUUUCAAUCGCAUUAAUCUCUACUCUGCUGGUGUGCCUCCCUUUUCUAUCUCUAGUGAAGUGCAACAUUGUAUCAACUCAGGAGGUUGCUCAGGUGCACGUGCUCCUCAACGUUAUCAGGACAGACAAACCACACAUGCUCAUUGCUAACAUGGAGCACUCUAAACAAAAGACAACGAAAACACUGACAAAACUCCUAAAUUAUGAAAUUAACCACAACGUGUUUCUCACAAGUGUAGCAGGUUGUGAACUCUGCAAACAAUGUAUCCACCCCGAGAAUGAGAACGGUAAAUGACUGUAAUGCAUGCAUUAACAGUAAUUAAUGUAACCAAAUGACGGGGAUGAACAGUACAUUUACUAGCCUACUGGUUACAUAUGUAAUGAAGAAUUGAUCAAAAUAAACAAAGAACAAACAAUUCACACAAUGACACAAUGAAUGUUCAGCAAUUGUCAGGGGACAGUGGAGCACCUUCUGAGAGCUGAGUGCAUGCAUUCUGGAGAAAUAUCUUCUCCACAAACCCCUCUGCUUCUUCUUGUCUCAACAUUUAAAAUUAUACUGACACAUUAUUGUCAAACAUUUUAGAUGCUUUUCACUGACAGCUGAAACUCAUUAAUCAGCUAGGCCUAUUGCCAUGUGCGCUGCCUAAAUAGAGGAUCAUUAGUCAUGAGUCUUGUCCUGGAGGCAGAAUUGAGCGUUUCCCCCUUACAAUAGGCCAGCUGCAAAGUCAAAAUUGGCUAUUUUGUCAAAUAAAAAAGCAUUUAGACGAAAAAUAACUUUUGGGUCUUAAUUUAAGGUUAGAGUUAGGCAUUAGGGUUAGCAGUGUUGUUAAGGAUAGGUUUAAAAUGAUAUUUUAUGACUUUGUGGCUGUGCCAACUAGGGACCGCUCUGCAGAGCUGCCUCCAGAACAACAUUCAUGACAAAAAACAAUAACCUUCUGAAGCGAAGAUUAGAUGUUUUUGAGACACGAAUUUGGUGCAAUGUCACAGGCCUAUGUUUGAUCAGAUUGAAUAGACAAAGACAUAACUAUAAAAUACAAAUGGUAGGCAAUAUGUAUCCUUGUCACGUUUGACCUUAGUUCCUUUGUUUUGUCUUUGUUUUAGUAUGGUCAGGGUGUGAGUUGGGGUGGGCAGUCUGUUUGUUUUAGUAUGGUCAGGGCGUGAGUUGGGGUGGGCAGUCUGUUUGUUUUAGUAUGGUCAGGGCGUGAGUUGGGGUGGGCAGUCUGUUUGUUUUAGUAUGGUCAGGGUGUGAGUUGGGGUGGGCAGUCUGUUUGUUUUAGUAUGGUCAGGGCGUGAGUUGGGUGGGCAGUCUGUUUGUUUUAGUUUGGUCAGGGCGUGAGUUGGGGUGGGCAGUCUGUUUGUUUUAGUAUGGUCAGGGUGUGAGUUGGGGUGGGCAGUCUGUUUGUUUUAGUUUGGUCAGGGCGUGAGUUGGGGUGGGCAGUCUGUUUGUUUUAGUAUGGUCAGGGUGUGAGUUGGGGUGGGCAGUCUGUUUGUUUUAGUAUGGUCAGGGUGUGAGUUGGGGUGGGCAGUCUGUUUGUUUUAGUAUGGUCAGGGUGUGAGUUGGGGUGGGCAGUCUGUUUGUUUUAGUAUGGUCAGGGCGUGAGUUGGGGUGGGCAGUCUGUUUGUUUUAGUAUGGUCAGGGCGUGAGUUGGGGUGGGCAGUCUGUUUGUUUUUCUAUGUUGGUUUUUGUGUUCGGCCUAGUAUGGUUCUCAAUCAGAGGCAGGUGUCGUUAGUUGUCUCUGAUUGAGAAUCAUAUUUAGGUAGCCUUUUCCCACCUGGGUUUCGUCGGUGUUUAUUUCCUGUUUAGUGUUUUGUCACUCGCCUUACGGGACUGUUCGUUUGUUGUUUAUUGUUUUUGUUCAGUGUUCAUUUUUGCUUCAUUAAAUUAUGGACACUUACCACGCUGCGUUUUGGUCCUCAGAUCCUUCUCGCUACUCCUCCUCAGAAGAGUAGGACGAGAUCCCUUACAAUCCUAUUCAAAUAUCUCUGUAUAUAUGUGUGUGUGUAUAUAUAUAUAUAUAUAUAUAUAUUUAAAAAAUGAACACUGACACACACGGUCAAUACUGCUGCUGCUACUAUUCACUUUAUUGCAGAUCCCAGCAUAUUUCUAUUGUAUAUAUUCCUAGUACUUUUAAUACUUAUUUUUAAAAUAUUUUUCUAGUACUUGGCUGUGUUUUGUUGUACAGUACAUGUGUAUUGCGCUGUUGAGGAUAGCCUGUGAGUAAGCAUUUCACUGCAACGUUUACAUCCUGUAUUCUGGGCAAGUGACCAAUAAACUGAUUUGAUUUGAUGACAGCCAGGCACUAAUUUACUAAAUAAAUAGUUAGGCUUUUUAUAAUGUUUUAUGAGCCAAUGGUAACAUAUUAGGCAUUUAUUCAGAAAAAAAUGUUCAUAUGUAAUAGUAAUUAACACUAGGGUAGCGGCAACACUUAUGACAUGACACAAUAAUCCUAAUUAUGUCUACAUACACACUUAACCGCAAAUGAGUUCAUAAUAUGUGUUCCCUAUAUGUGUCUAAUGAGUCUAUUCAUUCCCAAGUAGGAUGAUGCUAGACAGAGCAGACAGUGAACCAGAUAACGAUGAUGCUGCUCACACCCAUUAUCAAGUUGAGGAAAAGAAAGCAAGCCAAAUUCCCCAGAUCAAUGGGGUAGUGAUGUCUCAAGGAUCCUGGAUUGCACGGGCCGUUAGAAGAACUUACACAGCAGGUUAGGAGAGUUAGGUUAAGGUUAGGGAAAAUGCUCUCCAAACCUGCUACAAAAAUCACUUCCGGUCGUAGCUGUAUAGAGUGGCCAAGAUGGCAGCAUUCUCUAAUAACUAUUUACCUGUUUCACACAGUUAACCCUCUUAUUACAGUUCGUUUUUUUUUUACUGAUUCAAUUCAGCAAGAAAUCAUGAUUUACAAACUGAAAGGAUUAUAUUUACAUUAAGUCUACAGGUCAGUUCAUCUCGAUUCUUCAAAACUCAAAGAACUUCACAAAUCCAGUGUGUGGGUCUUCCAGUGAGUUGGAGAGGAUUGAGGAACCAUGGCACAGUUUGAAAGCUUGUGGACUAUAUCCAGCUGUAUUGCAUGUGGUAGAGCUGAGUACAGAAUAGGGGAUGAAUGCUGUCCCAUGUGUUCACCAGGAAAUCAUGUAUAUAAGCAUUGUACUGAAUUCACCAGCACCAACUGUAUGCCCUGUGUUGAUGCUACUUUCCUUGAUGAGCCCAAUGGUCUCAUUAAAUGCAAAGUGUGUACCAACUGUGAUCCAGGUUUGGGUUUGAAGGUAAAGCAGUCAUGUACACCUUCAUCAGACACUGUCUGUGGGACACUGGAGGGGUUCUACUGUCUAGACCCAACUAAGGAUGGUUGUAGAGCAGCCCAGAGACACAGCAGCUGUAAACCUGGUCAAUACAUCAGCCACACAGGAACAACAUCUACAGAUACUGUGUGUUCUGACUGUACUGGUGACACCUAUUCAAAUGGAUCAUUUACAUGCUGCCAGACACACACACAAUGUGAUACCUUGAAGCUUCAGCAAAUUAAAUCUGGAACUCAUUGGUCCGACUCUGAAUGUGGACCACAAAUCUCACCUAUAGCUACAUUAAUAUUUGCUGUGGUGGUGGGGGUACUCGCUGUGAUAGCAGCCGUGACGACGGCAGCUAUUAUGAAAAGAAGAAGAAAAAAACACAGAAGAUCCUUUAACUCGUGAGAUUAUUUUGUGGGAAUUGUACAUUUAUUGUUUAAGUGAGAAAUAUCAAAUAGCACUAAAUCAAAUGUUAUUUUGUCACAUGCGGUGAAUACAAUGGGUGUAACUAACGAGCCCUUCCCGAUGAUGCAGUUAAAAAAUAAAUACAAAUAGUAGCACGAGGAUUCAAAUAAAACACACAAGAACGGAGCUAAAGUACCAGUCAAAAUUUGACACCUUCUCAUUCCAGGGUUUUUCUUUAUUUUUACUAUGUUCUACAUUGUACAAUAAUAGUGAAGACAUCAACAUUAUGAAAUAACACAUAUGCAAUCAUGUAGUAAAGCAAAAAAGUGUUAAACAAAUCCAAAUAUAUUUGAUAUUCUUCAAAGUAGCCAUCCUUUGCGUUGAUGACAGCUUUGCACACUCUUGGCAUUCUCUCAACCAGCCCCAAGCCAUAAGAUUGCUGAACAAUUCAUAAAAUCGCCACUGGACAAUUUACAUUGAUUUGAUGUAAUAGUCACCUGGAAUGCUUUUCGAUUCACAGGUGUGCCUUGUUAAAAGUUCAUUUUUGGAAUUCCUUUCCUUCUUAAUGCGCUUGAGCCAAUCAAUCAGUUGUGUUGUGGUUGGGGUGGUAUACAGAAGAAAGCCCUAUUUGGAAAAACACAAAGUCCAUAUUAUGGCAAGAACAGCUCAAAUAAGCAAAGAAAAAGGACAUUAAGACAUGAAGGUCAGUCAAUCUGGAAAAGUUUCUUCAAGUGCAGUUGCAAAAACCAUCAAGCGCUAUGAUGAAACUGUCUCUCCUGAGGACCGCCACAGGAAAGGAAGACCCAGAGUUACCUCUGCUGCAGAGGAUAAGUUCAUUAGAGUUACCAGCCUCAGAAAUUGAAUCCCAAAUAAAUGCUUCACAGAGUUCAAGUAACAGACACAUCUCAACAUCAACUGUUCAGAGGAGACUGCGUGAAUCAGGCCUUCAUGGUCGAAUUGCUGCAAAGAAAACACUACUAAAGGACACCGAUAAUAAGAAGAGACUUGCUUGGGCCAAAAAACAUGAGGAACGGACAUUAGACUGGUGGAAAUCUGUCCUUUGGUCUGAUGAGUCCAAAUUUGUGAUGUUUGGUUCCAAUCGCCGUGUCUUUGUGAGAUGCAAUGUAGGUGAACGGAUGACCUUUGCAUGUGUGGUUCCCACCAUUUAGCAUGGAGGAGGAGGUGUGAUGGUGUGGGGGUGCUUUGCUGCUGACACCGUCAGUGAUUUAUUUAGAAUUCAAGGCACACUUACCAGCAUGGCUACCACAGCAUUCUGCAGAAAUACGCCAUUUCAUCUGGUUUGAGCUUAGUGGGACUAUCAUAUGCUUUUCAACAGGACAAUGACCCAAAACACACCUCCAGGCUGUGAAAGGGCUAUUUGACCAAGAAGGAUAGUGAUGGAGUGCUGCAUCAGAUGACCUGGCCUCCACGAUCACCUGACAUCACCCUAAUUGAGAUGGUUUGGGAUGAGUUGGACCACAGAGUGAAGGAAAAGCAGCCAAAAAGUACUCAGCAUAUGUGGGAACUCCUUCAAGACUGUUGGAAAAGCAUUCCAAGUGAAGCUGGUUGAGAGAAUGCCAAGAGUGUGCAAAGCUGUCAUUGUCACGCCCUGACCAUAGAGAGCCCUUGUUUCUCUAUGGUGUAGUAGUUCAGGGCGUUGACUAAGGGGUAUUCUAGUUUAUAAUUUCUAUGUUGGUGCUUUGUAUGAUUCCCAAUUAGAGGCAGCUGGUAAUCGUUGUCUCUAAUUGGGGAUCAAAUUUAAGUAGCUAUUUUUCCCACCUGUGUUUGUGGGAUAUUGUUUCUGUUAGUGUGUUUGGGCACUACGUUGUCACGGUCUUUGUAAAUUUUGUUUCAAUUUGGUAAUUAAAAGAUGUGGAACUCAAUUCACGCUACACCUUGGUCCGCUUAUUUCCAAAAUCGUGACAGUCAUCAAGGCAAAGGGUGGCUACUUUGAAGAAUCUAAAAUAUAUUUAGAUUUGUUUAACACUUUUUUGGUUACUAUAUGAUUCCAUAUGUGUUAUUUCAUAGUUUUGAUGUGUUCACUAUUGUUGUACAAUGUGGAAAAUAGUACAAAUGAAUAAAAACCCUUGAAUGAGUAGGUGUGUCCAAACUUUUGACUGGUACUGUAUAUGUUAUUGCAUUACACCUCCUGCUAUACUGUGGAUUGAGAGUUACCUGUCUAACAGAACACAGAGGGGGUUAUUUAAUGGUAGCAUCUCCAACAUAAUCCAGGUAGAAUCAGGCAUUCCCCAGGGCAGCUGUCAAGGCCCCUUACUUUGGUCAAUCUUUACUAAUGACCUGCCACAGGCAUGAGUAAAGCCUGUGUGUCUAUGUAUGCAGAUGACUCAACAUUAUAUACAUUGUGGCUUAAUCCUGCAUGGAGCCUUCACCCUGCGCUGCCACUUUAAGGGCGUAUCAGUAGUCAGGAAGGAGGAAAUGAAGAUGGCUCUUUUGGCUCUCGGUUGGCGCGGCAGUUUGACAGGGUGUGCCACUCUUGUUUAUUUUUAGCUCCUGUCAUUGUUUGACUGGAGUAGUAGCAAAGUUUUUAGCGAUGUUUUGAAAAACAAAGCAACAAACCAUCAGCUGUAUCAGACGGACACACUGCAAGCCUGCAGUCAACAGCUCUCAUUUUCCCUCUAUCUCCAGUGCUUUUCACUGCAGCAGAUGUUCUUUUUUUCCCUAUGCGCUCUUUUUGAUGUUCAGUGUCGCUGGACUAUUAGUCCCCUGCCAGUUCUAUUUGGUGUGACAUUUUAGUCAAAGGGAGUUUGCGUGAGUUAUUAUUUAUUGUUGUUUGAACUUAUUGACUUUGUGUGGGACUAUUUACAUUUCGCCGAGAAGAGUUUUUGACAUUUUGAGGCCUUUGUAUUGUCUAUGAAUUCCCCCCCCCCCACACACUCA